ACUGGAAGCGGUACUGUGCUUGAAGCAUCGACCAAACGACACCAAGAGUCCGCAAAAACUGCACGACCUCGGCGUCCGAAGCCACUUCUUCAGUCAUCAUCUUCUGGGUAGCAAAAUGUUCCCCGCCCGAUGCUUAUGAGGCACCGCCCCCCAUAUUUCAGGCUAUUUAAGAGCAGUGCACAACCACAGCCUCACUUGCGCCUUGACGACAAAACCAGUGUCCACGUCGGCACAAGCCAACUUGCCGCACUUCACUUCAACAUGACGUGGUCUGAUGGGCUCGCCCUCUCCGUCGGUGGUGCAGCGUACACUAUGAGAUCAAGAUCGGCGGGCGAAAUCGGCUUUGACACCACGAAGCACAUCGACGACCCGCUUAUCACGGUGCCCGUACUCGGACCACAGGAGAUUGCUAGGCGAGCAAGCCCACAGCCUAGAGACGGUUCGCAACCGUCAGCGAACGUGAGCGACGCAGAGAAAUCGAAGUCAAAGUUUUCCUUGUUCGCCCGCAUGAAGUUAUCCGUGCCUGACUCCAGCGUGGAUUUUGUUAUGUGCCAAGUGCCUCGAAGCCAGUACCUCGCUAACUACGCGAAAGACGAGAACGGUCGGUACAUAGGAAGCGGCGAGCCAGCGGAAGACUGUAUCUUGAGCGACGAGGACAUGGUCAAAUACCGUGGCGAGAACGCUCUGCUUAAGCCGAAUUACGAGAAGGAGGUCGGCGUCUUUGAGGGGGAAAUAAGACAGCCGGAAAUGCAGCAGCAUGAGGACGAUGGGGUUGGGAGCAGGAUACUUGAGAUGGGACAGCCAACUGCCGCGAAGACGAGUAAGAUGGGCGGACUGUUUAAAAGCUUCAGAGGCAGUAGUGCUGAGGAUGGUAUUAUCCGUUAGAAGCAGUCUUGCCAUUUGCUAUAUCCACCAUUUCACCAUCCAUUGUGGUAAUGCACGCAAGAGCUGAUGGUUAUUACGGGGCGUCACCCCUGAUAUCGUGUCAAUGCACUCGUCGAAAGUACUCUACGCCAAAGCUCAUGCCACGAUG